CUUACAGCAGAAUUUUACGUCUUCUUCAGAGAGUGUUACGAGAUGCAGUUGAGAGAGAAUCCUUACACAGUGGUUCAUUAAAUUUAUCAAGAGAGGAACUGGGGAAAACUAAGUACCUUCUCCUGAUGAACGAUUGCCACCUUGAAAAAGCCAGAAUGGUUUCCACUAAGGAAAACUUGAAGGUUAGCCAACAAGAUACACACUACAAUGCAAGACUCAAGUCUUCUGUAGCAUCUGCUUCCCCAUCAACAUCACUAUCUUCACAACAGUCUAAAUGCAGUAACUAUAGCUAUGCUGCAAGUUUAUACAAAAGUGUUAUAAGUAACAGUAUUUUAUACAAUGACUCAAGAGGUCUGCUUGGUUCUUCUGAAUUACACAGUUCUGUAAAGAAGUUUGGUGAAACUAUGUGGCUUGAGUAUUUAAAUACUGCCAAUGAGUGGCAGAUUGAAGGAUUUGUUGAGAAGUACAAGAAAAUGAAAGACAGGGCAGCCCUUUUGAAAGGCAGUUUACAUAAGAAAGUGAUGACCUUUGAAAGAUGGUGGUGUGUUUUAACAGAUGAACUUGAUCUCUGCAUUCAGGGAUCUGUGGAGAACAAGAGUGGUAUAGUUCAGACUGAACCAAUAAUAAAACGAAUAGAUUCCCAUACUGUGGCCAGUCGAAAUUCUUUAUGCAAAUUGAAAAAUUUCAGGGAUGAAGACUGUGAUGUACCACACUUUAUUAAAAACAGAUUUUCUUGUGGAUUCCCUAAAGACUGGGAACUAUUAAGAAGAAAGUGGAUCAUGUUUUUAAAAGCAGGAGAACCACAAGAUUUUCAGUGGAAGGGAAAUGACAAUGCAGCUAUUUUAGACAGCUGUUCCUCCUUAGAAAAGCCCCCUGGACGAUCAUUGCAAGAAAGUAGUUGUGAGGAAUUCAGAAAAAAAACUCAAAAGAGGAAUUUUGCAUUUUCACCCUUACCUGCAGAUACAGUUCAUGGACUUGAUUCUAAUAAUGCUAUAGAUGAAAAAUGUGAUACUAACAGUACUGGAAAUCAGCCACGUUUAGAAGAAGAAAGAACUAAUUGUGUAAUGCCCAAAAGAAAUAAACCAGAAUGUAGCAACACAGUUACAACUACAAAGAAUAAUUUUCUGGCAACUGAAAGAAGUUUCGAUGUUAUUAGUGAUAGUGAAGACUCAAGUGAUGAAGAUAAUGGCAUUGUUGACUUGGACACAAAUUGUCAAGAGGCAAAAAUCAAUGAUAAUCAGUAUGGAAAUAAGAAGCAAUCGGUUGUCAUGAGAAGAACUAAUACACCUCAGACAUUGGUGGGUACUGAAAUAUUGCUGGAGAAGUGGCUGCCCAUCUUGAAUGGGAGAAAACUCUGCUUCAAAGGAGUCAGGUCUAUGGGGAGCACGUACAUUGAUCACACAACAGCUUCAGUAAAAUCAAGACCCAAAAGUGAUACUGUGACACUUGUUGAUGGCAAUACCUGCAAGCUCAUAGGACAGUUUCAUGAUGUACAUAAUUGUAAGGAUGUCUACAGUUUUGUAUCUCAGUUUUAAGGUGUUACGUAAGAGCUAGUCAAAG